AUGAAAAAAAAGUUAACUGGCAAAUUUAUCUGCUCUGAUUUGUAUUUGAGGUUUUGUCUGUUUGUAAGGGUCAGACCUGUUGCAGCUCCGUUCGGUUCUGGCUUAUUGCACGACCACCUGCCCCUCCACCAGCACGUGUGCCCCCACCGCCCCGCCGUUGUUGCUGUUUGCCGCCACUUCCCAUGCACCAUCCACAACAGAUGGACGUGGAAGACUCGCGCACAAUGUCGUCUAGACUCAUACACAGGGCAGCAGCAAAGAAGAAGAUGGUCCCACCCCAGCCGAGCCCAUAGCCUGUGCCAUAUCUUUCCAUAUCUAUCUAUCUAUCUAUCUAUCUAUCUAUCUAUCUAUCUAUCUAUUGUCGUCUUUCCAUAUCUAUCUACAGGAGUCUAUCUAUCUAUCUAUCUAUCUAUCUAUCUAUCUAUCUAUCUAUCUAUCUAUCUAUCUAUCUAUCUUAUUUUAUUACCCCUGCCCAUAAAUAAAUGGAGCGCUUCACUAUGGUUACUGUAUGAUCUGUUGCUAAUUUACAUAUUUGAUAUUUAUUAUGUCAAUUUGUUCCCUGCCUAUCUAUCUAUCUAUCUAUCUAUCUAUCUAUCUAUCUAUCUAUCUAUCUAUCUAUCUAUCUAUCUCUUUUCUGUUUCUUAUCUAUCUCUUUCGGCCUAUUCUUAUCUAUCUAUCUCAUUCUGUUUAUAUCUAUCUAUCUGUCUAUCUAUUUUCUGA